AUGGCUGAUGCCUGUAGGGCAAUGAAGCCUUUUGGCAUUUCCGAAGGUCAGACAAAGGCCGCGGUCAAAGAGCUUCUGAAAGUCUAUGCAAACAGCUGGGAGUUUAUUAUUGAUGAAAAUUACAGACUUUUGCUGGACUUUGUUCUGGACCAGAAGCCAGAGGAGGAAAAGGGAGUGAGAUCGAAGAAAAAAGAAGCUCCAUCUUAUGAUAAAACUGAAGUUGUUGAACUUCCAACCAAGAGAUAUUGCACAAGGCAACGGAAAAAACAGGCAUUGUCUCCUUUGAAACACUCCACAUCUUGCCUUGAAAAGUCUCCAUUAAAAAGGGCACGUCAGAGUAAUGAGGAUAAUCUGUUUUCUGAUUCGGAAGAAUCUGAAGACUCUCAACCACUAGUAAGAAGAAGUCGCCGAAGACACCAGGAAAGAGAGGUUUUGGACUCUGGGAAUAACUUCGAUCCUCUGUGUAAUCGCAACACGCAACUGGAAGAAAGUCUCAAUCUGAUAGGUGAAGAUAGUUCUUCAGAUUUUGAUGAAGACGGCUUGAAGUUGUUGGAAAUGGAAUCGGUGAAUACAGACAACAAAGAUAAUGUUUUUGAUUUGCCACAUUUUGUAGCUGUAUCAUCUACUCCAAAGGGUGACCUGGAAAUGUCUAUGAUUUGCCACUCAUCUCCACGGUCUGAUUUCUGUCCUCCACAUUUUGAUGAAGCUCUAGAAAUGGUGGAAGAGACACACAUAAAAUCAUGUAGGGUUGAAGAAUGCUUUGUGGAAACAGGAACUGAUUCCAUCUUUUAUGAAAGUACUGUACAAGAUGUUCUUGCCAGUAAAUAUGAUCAUCUAAGUUUUCAAAAUGAAUUAAUUUUAUGUAAAAAUCUUAUCAAGGUUAUACCCCAUAUACCCAAACAUAUAGCUUUUGGUUGUUAUGAUGGUCUUCAAUGGUUAAUUGGUUUUGCAAGAAAGGAUAUUGAGAACAUCUUUGGUGAAACCGCAAAGAGAUUAAAGGUGAUCCAAGGCCGUAGAUCUUCAAAAUUAUGCAAGGUGGAGGCUGCUCAUAACUACCAUUCUUCACUUGGAGUCAUUAAAUCCUUUUUUUAUAUUGAUGACAUAACUAGAGGUGAAGAAAGAGUGAAAGUUUCCUUGGAGAAUGGAAGAAAUGCUGAAGAUCUGCCAAUAUUUUUUUACAUCCCCAAUAAUUUAGUUUAUAAGAACGCCUAUGUGAAAUUUUCACUUGCUCGUAUAUCUCAUGAGGGUUGCUGUUCACAUUGUUUUGGGGAUUGUUUGACAUCACCAGUACCUUGCGUCUGUGCGGCUGAAACUGGGGGUCAGUUUGCAUACACUCCAGGAGGAUUUGUCAAGGAGAAGUUUCUGGAAGAAUGUAUAUCCUUGAAGCUGGAACCUAAACAAGACCACUACUUGUAUUGUAGAAACUGCCCAUUUCAAAGGUCUAAGAAUGAGAAGAGUUCCGUGCCAUGCAAAGGCCAUUUGUUACAGAAAUUUAUAAAGGAAUGCUGGUCUAAAUGCUGGUGUAACAAGAAAUGCGGAAACCGGAUUGUUCAGCAAAGCAUCACUGUGAAGUUGCAGGUGUUUUUGACACCCGAAGGGAAAGGGUGGGGUCUUCGAACACUGGAGGACUUGCCAGCAGGGGCUUUUGUUUGUGAGUAUGUUGGAGAGAUAUUAACCAACACAGAACUACAUGAGCGAAAUGUGGGAAGUCCUGGUAACAAGAAUACAUGCUACCAAGUUCUACUAGAUGCAGGCUGGGGUUCGAAGGGUGUCUUGAAAGAUGAAGAGGUCCUCUGCUUGGACACUACAGUUUAUGGAAAUGUUGCGAGAUUUAUCAAUCACAGAUGUUCUGAUGCUACCUUGGUAGAGAUCCCUGUGGAAGUGGAAACCCCAGAUCAUCACUACUAUCAUAUUGCUCUUUUCACAACAAGGAAGGUUGAUGCCAUGGAGGAGCUGACUUGGGACUAUGGCAUUGACUUUCAUGACCGUGAUCAUGAUAGCGGCCACCCCAUGAAGCCCUUCAAUUGUCUCUGUGGAAGCCCGUUCUGUCGUGAUCGUAGUGAUAUGAAGGGUGAUGCGCACCUACUCACUUACGUCCGACGGCGACGUAGAGUGUAG